UUACGCCCACGGUUGCAAAUGAAUAAAGAGCCUGGUCUGCAGGUGAGGGACGUGCUCUGGAUCCUUCAGCCACCCUGCGAGUGCUGUCACUGCACCCGGCGUGAUGAACCCCAGACUUCCCUACGUUCUCCUGGUCGGGGCCGCAGUGAUAAUCUUCAUUCUCUCCUGCAUGCUGCUGAGCAGGGGUGGGCGGUCGCCCAGCUGUGAAUCCCAGCCCAGGGUUGAGGAGAAGACAGGAUCCAUGAGCCAGAGCCUGGUGUUUGCUGACCUGACACCCGAGGAGAUGUCCCAGGUGGUGCGGUACCUGCAGGGACACCUCGGGGUGCCGCUGGUGGAGGCCUCCCGUGCCAAACCCUCGGACAACUGCAUCGCCUCCGUGGAUCUGCAGGUCCCCGCCAAGGCAGAGGUGCUGCGGUUCCUGGACGGCGGCGGGGCUCGUCCCCCCCGGGAGGCUCUGGCUGUGCUGUACUUUGGGAAGCAGCCAGAGCCCAACAUCAGCGAGUACGUGGUGGGGCCGCUGCCGGGGCCGGCGUACCACCGGGACGUGACGGUGCAGAAGUACGGGGGCAAGGUGCCCUACCACCGCAGGCCCGUCACUGGCAAGGAGUACGUGGACAUCAACGCCCUCAUUCAGAGGGAGCUGAAACAGGCGCCGCGCUUCCUCGCUGCGUGCUGCGAGUCUGACGGCACCAACCUGGUCGCCCUCACCACAGCCCCACGGGGCUUCAAGUCCGGUGACCGCGUGACCUGGUUUGUUCUUUUCCACAACGUGGCUGGCACCGGCUACUACCUGUCCCCAGUGGGGCUGGAGGUGCUGGUGGACCACGGGGACCUCCACGUCUCCCGGUGGAAGCUGCACAAAGUCUUCUACAGUGGCCGGUACUUUGCCAGCACGGGGGAUCUGGAACAGGAGUUUGUGGCCGGUGCGCUGGAGGUUGUCAGGCUGAAGCAGCCCCAGGCUGAUGCAGUGCUGGGCUCAAUGAAGCCCCGGUGCCCGCCUGGGUCCCCGGGCCCGCUGCAGUUUGAGCCGCAGGGUCCCCGCUACAGCGUCAGGAACAACCGCGUCACCUUCCAGGGCUGGAGCAUCGCCUUCGGCAUGAACCCCAACACCGGCCCGCGCCUCUUUGACAUCAGGUACCGUGGGGAGAGGAUUGUCUAUGAGCUGAGUCUCCAGGAAGCCUUAGCCCUGUACAGCUCCAACUGCCCUGGGGGAAUGUCCACCCGCUACCUGGACGGCAGCUUUGGCAUCGGCCGCUUUGCCUACGAGCUGAUCCAGGGCCUGGACUGCCCCUACACAGCCACCUACGUGGACCGGCACUACCUGGCAGAGACAGAUACCCCCAAAACCAACCAAAACUCACUCUGCAUUUUUGAGCAUGACUCUGCCCUCCCUCUCAGGCGCCACUUCUCUGACUCACAGUCCUUCUACUACGGCGGGCUGCGGAAGAACACGCUGGUCAUCCGUACCAUCUCCACACUCAUUAACUAUGACUACAUCUGGGACUUCAUGUUCCACGCCAACGGGGCUGUGGAGGUCCGGGUGCAUGCCACUGGCUACAUCAGCUCCUCCUUCUUCCAUGGCCGAGGUACUGACUAUGGCAACAGGGUUGGGCCCCACACGCUGGGGACGAUGCACCUCCACCACAUCCACUACAAGGUGGACCUGGAUGUUGACGGGCAGCUGAACUCCCUGGAGACCCAGGAUAUGGAGUACCAGUUUGUCAAAGAUCCCUGGAGCACACAGAACACCAUUGAGCGGCCAUACCUCCGCAGGGAAAGGCUGGAGAAGGAGGAUGAGGCAGCAUUCCCACUCAAUGUCCCCAUGCCCCGGUACCUCUCCUUUGUCAGCCCCAAUCCCAACAAGUGGGAGCACCCACGCAGCUACCGGAUCCAGAUCAUCAGCUUUGCUGGGAAGCACCUGCCCACCAACAGCUCCAUGGAACGAGCUGUCAGCUGGGGCAGGUACCAGCUGGCUGUCACCCGGAGGAAGGAGGAGGAGCCCACCAGCACCAGCGUCUACAACCAGAAUGACCCCUGGACGCCCACUGUGGCCUUUGCUGACUUCAUCAACAACGAGACCAUCACCAACGAGGACUUGGUUGCCUGGAUCACUGUGGGGUUCCUGCAUGUCCCUCAUGCUGAAGACAUCCCCAACACAGUGACUGUGGGGAAUGGUGUUGGCUUUUUCCUGAGGCCCUACAACUACUUCAACGAGGACCCCUCGGUGGAUUCCUCUGACAGUGUCUACUUCAGCAGUGAACAGGAUCUCGGGGCAUGUGGGGCCAAUCCUCUCGCCUGCCUGUCCUCCGCUGCCACCUGUGCCCCCCGCCUGCCUCCCUUCCACUUUGGGGGCUUCCUCAACCUCAGCCUGGCACCGCCUCUUGGCGGGCUCUGA